UGAUGAGACAAAGAUGGGAUCCCCAGUUUCUGUUGUGACUCUAAGCUCCAUCAAGUGGAUCUUUGUCCUGGUCGUCUGUGUGCAGCAGCUCAAUGCAGGGGAGAUUGACAGCCCAUGUGAGGGCCGAGACUGCUCUGUAUGCCCCUGUCUUCCUGCCAAAGGUGCACGGGGAGCUCCAGGGAAACCAGGCCAGCAAGGCCCGCGGGGACCGGUGGGACCACGGGGACGUGAAGGUUUACUUGGAGAGAAAGGCAGGCGGGGAGCAGAGGGAUCACCUGGCCCAGACGGGCCCAAAGGAGACCACGGCCGGACUGGACCUCCUGGUUUUCCUGGUAAUGAUGGCUCACCAGGACACCCUGGGGCAGGUGGUGAGCCGGGUGCACCAGGAGUGGAUGGCUGUAAUGGGACAAGGGGUCGACCAGGAGUUUUUGGUAUCCCUGGUUUGGAUGGCCUCCAUGGGCCACCGGGAUUAGCAGGACCUAAAGGAAUUAAAGGAGAACCUUUGUAUGGUGCUGCCCUUCCAGGGCUUCCAGGAGAGCGGGGUACAGAUGGACCAUGUGGUCAACCUGGAAGAAAAGGAGACAUUGGGCCCUGGGGCAACACUGGCCCUCGUGGCCCUAUUGGAUUUGAGGGCUCUGAAGGACCUAAAGGUGUGAGAGGACCACCAGGCGACCCCAGAGGAUCACUGGAAGGCGCCAAAGGUGACGAUGGUGACCAAGGCCCACCUGGCCUACAAGGACCCGAAGAAGUCAUAGAAUUUCCUCCUGACAUUUUGUCACCCAAAGGUUACAAGGGAGAUCGAGGUCCACCUGGACCAUGUGGACCAAAGGGCAUAAGCGGUGGUAGAGGAGACUACAUUCAAGGAGUUAAAGGAAUAAAAGGAAUCUCUGGUUUUCCUGGACCUAGGGGUCCUCCAGGAUCUCCUGGUAGAGAUGGAUUGCCAGGAUGGGAGGGUUCCCGUGGAGAGAAAGGAUUUCCAGGUCUCACUGGAAGAAACGGACCAAAGGGUUAUCCCGGAGAUCCAGGUCUCCCUGGUCCCCAGCACUUUCUCAAUGGAAGUGAUGCCAGAGGUGUUAAAGGUGACCGUGGGUAUCCUGGAUUGGCUGGACCGCCAGGUGACCCUGGGUACAUGGGCAUGCAAGGACCUCCUGGCCCACCAGGGUUAACAAUACCAGAAGAGCUGGGUCUGCCUGGUCCCCGCGGGUUACCCGGUCCCAAGGGAUACAAGGGAGAGCCAGGAAGCUACAUCAACACCGAAAAUCUCCUUCCAGGACCAAAGGGAAGCAAAGGACUCCUCGGACCUAAAGGUGUCACAGGCCCCCCAGGUCGUCCAGGAUGUGGAGAUUACUACUGUGAGCCUGGUAAUUCUGGGGACCCUGGAGACGUAGGACCUAAAGGAUUUCCUGGAAACAAAGGUCUCAGAGGAAUUAAAGGGUGUCCAGGGGAAUGUAACUGUGGGUCUGGUGGGGGAAAAGAAGGCCCCCCUGGUCCCCCUGGUUAUGCAGGACCUCAAGGAUUACCUGGAACUAAAGGACUUAAAGGACACCCAGGGCUGAAGGGAGAUGAGGGUCUAAGAGGACAACAAGGCUUUCAAGGACCUCCUGGUGUAAAAGGACAAAAAGGUCAAAAAGGUGAUGUUUUUGUGGCAGGUCUUAAAGGUGCUAAGGGUAACCAAGGGGUACCUGGAUAUCCUGGUCCUCCUGGAGACACAGGGAGGCCAGGACUGGAUGGUUCCCCUGGCCCUGCAGGAGACCGUGGAACACCGGGGGCUGGAUUUGCAGGAUUACGUGGUCCAAAAGGUGUCCCUGGUACUGCUGGACCCAAAGGGUUUCCAGGACUUGUGGGCCCCCCUGGUCCUGGUUUUCCAGGUGCUAAGGGGCUACCUGGACCUAAAGGUGAUCCUGGAUAUCCUGGCUCUCCAGGAAUUCCUGGACGACAAGGCCCCCAAGGUGACUCAUGCUGUCAAGAGGUCGAGAUUGGAUCCCCUGGUCCUAAGGGUGAACCAGGUUCACCAGGGAUUCCAGGUGUGCCAGGAGGAAUUGGUCGUCCUGGAAGUCUGGGAUAUCCAGGCCCUAAAGGCAUGAAAGGAGAUGACAGUAAAACUGGAGGGAUUGGACCUCAAGGACCUCCGGGUUUAAAUGGGGAUCCAGGUGACCCUGGUCCAAGUGGAGUUAGCCUGAAAGGCCCUCCAGGCUCACCUGGGUUGCCAGGAUCACCAGGCAGGAAGGGUGACCCAGGAGAUGUCCUCUCUGUCAGUCGAGGCCCUACUGGCCUCCCUGGCCACUCCGGGGCUCUAGGGACAAAAGGACCCCGUGGCACUCCUGGAAAACCAGGGAUUCCAGGUGCACAAGGCCAACGUGGACGACCUGGUUGGAAAGGCGACCCUGGAGACAAUGGUGACCCUGGAGCCACUGGUCCCCCAGGUCCACCAUGCACUCUGUGUGAUCUGACUGGACCUCCAGGCCCUCCAGGACUUCCAGGAAACCCUGGACGGAGGGGAGCACCAGGUUACCUUGGUCGGAAGGGUUCAAAGGGAGAUAUAGGUCCACCUGGUAAUGGACGGAUGGGUCCAAAAGGUUUCCCUGGCCCGCCUGGUUUGCCAGGCCCAGCUGGACCAAGAGGCACCACUGGCCCCUUGGGAGAUCCUGGGAUAGACGGCAGGCCAGGACAGAAAGGUGAAAGGGGUUACACAGGCAGGGCUGGGGCCAAAGGUCUACCAGGUCCUCCUGGACCUCCGGGAUCCAGAGGUCAACAAGGAGAAAGAGGCUUUAAUGGUCGGCCAGGCGACGCCGGAUACUCCGGACAGCUUGGUAAUAAAGGUGUACGCGGUCCACCAGGAUUUCCAGGACCAUCAGGGAUCGUGAAUCUAACUAAAGGCCCGUCAGGAAUUUCUGGAAGAAAGGGGCAACAAGGACCACCAGGACCUGCAGGCUUGAAGGGCCCAAGUGGAGGGCCAGGUGAUUCAGGACCUGAUGGACCACCUGGGUUACCAGGGUUUAAAGGCAGCCCUGGUGCUCCUGGCAAGGCAGGAAUACCAGGACCUUCUGGGUACCCUGGAGUUAAAGGUUUUCCUGGCCCAAGGGGUUAUCUUGGACAUGCAGGAGAUCCGGGAGAUCAAGGUCCUUGGGGACAGCCGGGUAUCCCAGGGUUUCCAGGACGUCCAGGAGCCAAAGGUGAGCCAGGACCAUCCUAUGGACAACCUGGUCCACCUGGACCCAAAGGAUUGCCAGGAGAGGAUGGGCCCCGUGCACCCAGUGGGAGUCCAGGAGAUCCAGGGGACCGAGGACAACCGGGAUUGUCAGGAGAGCCUGGACAACCAGGCAUUGUUGGGGAACCAGGUCAACGGGGAGGACCAGGCUACCCUGGGCCUCAUGGCCCAUCAGGUUGUCCAGGUGUUCCAGGUCCUCCAGGUGAUCAUGGUGGUCUGGGACCUCCAGGCCUACCUGGCCCAUAUGGGCCUCCAGGACCCCCUGGACCACCAGGUCUCCAUGGACUGGAUGGACUUAGAGGUCCAAAAGGGAAAAAAGGAGGGAGAGGCGCAGUUAUCCCUGGUUUCCCAGGACCAGAUGGUUUUCCUGGAGUCAAAGGUAUCAGGGGCCAGCAAGGACCUCCAGGAAUCAGUUUUCCAGGGCCCAAAGGCCAGAGGGGGCCACCCGGCAACACAGGUCCUCCAGGUUUACCAGGUGAACCUGGUAUCCCUGGAAAAGAAUGCUACACACCUAGGAUGGGACCCUGUGGAGAUGUAGGGUAUGAGGGACCUCAAGGACCCCCCGGUCCUGCUGGGGAGUGUGGCCCUCCAGGCCCCAGCGUUCCCUUCAAAGGGGACCCAGGCCUAAAUGGCCUCCAUGGGUUACCAGGCCGUAAGGGGGAUAGGGGCCUUCCAGGACCUCCUGGGUCUCAGUCCAAUCCAGGCUUUUCAGGACCAAAAGGUGAGAGAGGUUCUGCUGGUCCUAAAGGUCCUCCUGGACCCAAAGGGCAGAUUGGGGUGCCUGGGCCUUGGGGCCGUAAGGGAGUAACAGGCCCACCUGGUGAGGCAGGUGCCAAAGGUGCUCCUGGUGAUUCAUUUCGUGGACCUCCAGAGAUAGUUCCCCAUGGACUCAUUGGGCCUCCUGGUGACCCAGGACCUAGAGGAUACCUUGGCAAUGCAGGUCCCCCUGGGACUCCAGGACGUAAAGGACAGAUGGGCUCGAAAGGAUGUGUGGGCCUCCCAGGCAGACCAGGUCCACCUGGUCGUAAAGGCCCUGUUGGAGACCCAGGAGAUGUUGGUCAGCGUGGAUUUACUGGACUUCAGGGUGUCACAGGUCCACCUGGUGAUCCCGGUAAUCCAGGCUACAGAGGGGCGUCAAGGUCAGGCUUCCUUCUGGUUAUCCACAGCCAGUCAGUUCUGGUGCCGUGGUGCCCUGCCGGCAGCAGUCAGCUGUGGGUAGGCUACAGUCUUGUCUACUUGGAGGGACAAGAGAAGGCUCACACCCAAGAUCUAGGUCAAGCUGGCUCCUGCCUCCCUGUCUUCUCCACCAUGCCUUUCUCCUACUGCAACAAAGCUGCCUGUCACUACUCAGCUCGCAACGACAAAUCCUAUUGGCUCUCCACCACCGCUCCCAUACCCAUGAUGCCACUCUUUGGCAAGGAAAUUAGCUCCCACAUCAGCCGCUGUGUGGUGUGUGAGACAGCUGCACCUGCAGUGGCUUUUCACAGCCAGGAUCAAACAGUCCCUGCAUGCCCACCUGGCUGGAGGAGUCUGUGGACGGGUUACUCUUUCCUCCUGCACACAGGGACAGGUGAUGAAGGUGGUGGCCAGUCUUUGACUUCUUCUGGUAGCUGCCUUAAGGAUUUCCGAACUCAGCCCUUCAUAGAGUGUCAGGGUGCGCGCGGUUCCUGUCACUACUUUGCCAACCUCUACAGUUUUUGGCUGACUACUGUGAGUCAAAACGAGCAGUUUAUCAGCCCGAGGUCUGGUACCAUCAAAGCAGCCAACAAACAGCGAGAAAAGACCAGUCAGUGUAAUGUCUGCCUCAGAGAGCAAUAA